AUGGAAAUGAUAACUUUUUUUGUGAAGCUUAAGCCAUUUAAAAUGUUCAGUUGUGCUCUUGGCCUCUCCAAGGGUCCUUUCAUUCAGGGAAAAAUGUUUGCUCAGCCCAAGGAUGCUGGUUUUUCAUUUAGCCACAAUAUCAGUAGUCAUUUGGCCAGCCUCUCCAUUGUUGGAAACACGAUCCCUACUCCCGACCCCACUGUGAAGCAGGCUUUAUGUGCCCUGGAUAGCGAGAGUGCCGGUGUGGAAAAUCAGGGCCAGAUUAAGAUGUCCGUCAGUGAAGUGUGUCGGGAAACUGUGUCACAUUGCUGCAACUCAUUUCUGCAGCAGGCCGGAUUAAAUUUGUUAAUAAGCAUGACAGUUAUUAAUAACAUGCUUGCCAAAUCCGUUUCAGACCCGAGGUUUCCUUUGAUAUCAGAGGGAAGUGGAUGUGCUGAGGUUCAUGUUUUGAAACAGUUGAUGGGUUUGUCUGAAAAACCAGUCUUGGCAGGGGAAUUGCUGGGUCCCCAAAUGCUGCUCUCAUUCAUGUCCCUCUUUAUCGGGAAUGGAAACGGACAGGUUCUCCCGGACACCCUGGCCUCUUAAAAGACCAUCCCAAACAGAAUGGGACCAACUCUACCCAAAACCCGUUUGGGGAACACGCACUUGUGUUCUCAUUAAAGACUCUGCAGAGGGUGCUAUAGAAGAUCCAGCCUUAGCCAUCACCACAUCAUGGGGUGAAAGUCACACUUGCUAAAUCGAGGACCACAUUAUUAUUGGCGGGGUGGAGGUUCCCACUGAGCUCUGAGUGACUUCUGGUUGUGCAGUCUACAGGUAAUGUGCAUUGUAAAUUACUUCCUUACUUCUUCCUGUGGUAAAGGGCUCAUUGCAGCUGCCAGCUGUGGAUAAAGCAUCAGGAAGGAUGCUUGCCUUUGGUGGUCUCCCUGUCUAAGCCGGACUGUCUUGUGGAGACCAGACACAUAUCGGAGCUUGUGCUGAAAAUGCUUUUGUUGCUGCAUACGUCGAAUUCUUUUUCGUUUACUCUUUCUUCUACACCAGCUGAUGGAUGGUGAACCCGUUCAUCAGAAAAGUGCACUCCCUUCCCAUGUUCUGUGCUGACUUAACCUCAUCCACCCAAGUCUACAUUUGUAUGUUUCAUCAAUAAACUUGUGUGCUUUGACUG